AUGGCUUUCCAUGCGGAGGGGCUGGUGGCCAUAGUUGUAUUCUACCUGGCUAUCCUGGCAGUCGGGAUAUGGGCUGCUUGGAAAACCAAGAACACUGGCAGCGAAGGAGAUCGCAGUGAAGCUAUUAUAGUCGGUGGAAGAGACAUUGGCUUGCUAGUUGGUGGAUUUACAAUGACCGCCACAUGGGUUGGAGGAGGUUACAUCAACGGGACAGCAGAAGCUGUGUACGUCCCAGGCUAUGGUUUAGCUUGGGCUCAGGCACCUAUCGGAUAUUCCCUUAGUCUGGUUUUAGGUGGCCUUUUUUUUGCAAAACCCAUGCGAUCUAAAGGCUAUGUGACAAUGCUAGACCCUUUUCAGCAGCUUUAUGGAAAAAGGAUGGGAGGGCUACUGUUUAUUCCGGCUUUAAUGGGAGAAAUGUUUUGGGCUGCUGCCAUCUUCUCUGCCUUAGGUGCCACUAUAAGUGUGAUCAUUGACAUUAAUGUCAAUAUUUCAGUCAUUAUUUCUGCCCUGAUUGCAACGUUGUACACGCUUGUGGGUGGGCUUUAUUCUGUGGCCUACACUGACGUAGUUCAGCUCUUCUGCAUCUUCCUGGGACUGUGGAUCAGCGUACCCUUUGCAAUGUCCCAUCCUGCAGUGACAGACAUUGGGCUCACGGCUGUGCACCAGGUGCACCAAGCACCUUGGCUUGGAUCUAUCAGCUCACUUGACAUUUACACAUGGCUGGACAAUUUCCUUUUACUGACAUUAGGAGGAAUCCCAUGGCAAGCAUAUUUCCAGCGAGUUCUUUCCUCAUCUUCUGCUACAUAUGCUCAAGUUCUGUCAUUUCUGGCUGCUUUUGGCUGUCUUGUGAUGGCUCUUCCUGCAGUACUCAUUGGUGCAAUUGGAGCUUCUACAGCCUGGAACGAGACGGAGUAUGGUGUCCCUGACCCCAUGACUAAAAAAGAAGCAGAUAUGAUCUUACCGAUUGUGCUCCAGUACCUUUGCCCAGUCUAUAUCUCAUUCUUUGGCCUCGGGGCUGUAUCUGCUGCCGUGAUGUCGUCAGCUGACUCUUCAAUUUUAUCAGCAAGUUCUAUGUUUGCUCGGAACAUUUACCAGCUUUCCUUUCGGCAAAACGCUUCAGACAGAGAAAUCGUGUGGGUCAUGAGAAUUACUGUUUUUCUGUUUGGAGCAUCAGCAACAGCAAUGGCACUGCUGGCUUCUUCAGUGUACGGCCUGUGGUACCUCAGCUCUGACCUUGUUUAUAUCAUCAUAUUCCCCCAGCUCCUGUGUGUGUUAUUUAUUAAAGGAACCAACACCUACGGUGCCAUUGCAGGAUACUUAUUUGGCCUUGUUCUCAGAAUAACUGGAGGAGAACCAUACCUCUACCUUCAGCCCUUGAUCUACUAUCCUGGCUGCUAUCCAGAUGAAAAUAAUAUCUAUAUCCAGCGAUUCCCAUUUAAAACACUUGCUAUGCUUACCUCCUUCUUUACUAACAUUAUAGUCUCCUACUUAGCCAAAUACUUAUUUGAGAGUGGGACUUUGCCACCAAAGCUGGACUUCCUUGAUGCUGUUGUUGCCAGGUACAGUAGAGAACACAUGGACAAAGCAACUCUUGUAAAAAGUGACAAUAUUGUAUUAAACGAACUUGCACCUGUGAAUCCACGACACAGUCUAACUUUGAGCUCAACUUUCACGAACAAGGAAGCUUUCAGUUAUGUUGAUUCAAGUCCAGAGCUGUCCAACACUGAAGAUAAUUAA